AUGCAGACCGUGCAGACGCUAACUGCGGUAAAACCUGUGACAGUAACCUGUUUAAUCACCUGUUGUGAAUGUUUAUCCUCAGACAGAACCCUGCUCCAUAGAGAUGAUAUAUCCCGGCAGGGGGAGAGAGUGGAAUUCGGACGGACGUGUGACGUCUAUAGACCUGCUGGGGAUGUGAUCAUACCGGACAUUUUUGACAACUGCCCAGACCAGGGACGUUUCUGGCUGGAGCUGUGGUGGUGGGCCCCAGCCCAGACAAUGUGA